GUGAGAAGGCUUUGCGGGCAGCGCAUGUGGCAUCGCUGGCACCCUAACCCAGUGAUCUGUCCGGCGAAAUGCUCCAGCGCAAUGGAAAAACGGCGGUCGUGCCCUCGGCGGCAUGGCGCCACAGCUCGAGGGCGGAAAACGACCACGCCGCACGGAGAGUGGCGAAGGAGAAGGCCCGCGGCGACUCCGUCCUUCGCUGGCGCGCCGAGAGAAGGGGGGGGGUGGAAGAGGAGGGGGGCUGGCGCAUCGUGGCCCGAGGCGCGCGGGCGGAAGAGAGAUGGGCAGGCUGCGUAAAGAGGUGGCGCAGGAGUGGCGGCGGCAAGUCUGGCGUCACAGGGGGAGCAAGCCCACACGUCCGGCUACGCGCAGGGGCAGGCAGCUCCUGCCCCAGCCCUCUCAGAGGAAGGGGGGGAGAGCGCAAGGAGGAGGAGGAGGAGGAGGAGGAGGAGGAGGAGGAGGUGCUACUGGACCUGUGCCUGCGCCACUGGGGUGCCCUGCGCCGCGCUGAGCGGCAGCGCGGCGGACUUCGCAGGGCUGGCUGCGCGCCGCAUCGCGCGGCUCCCCCAGGCGCCCGACUGCGGGGCUCCGCGCAGGGCGUCGGCGACUGCGACUGAGGCCCGUGCUGCGGGCCCCCCCCCAAAAAAGAUAUGUCGUUAGGGGCAUCUCGGGUCCGCAGGACCCUCUUGGGGGCCGCAGGCUGCAGCG